CGCAGAUCGUUCACAAUUUUCGCCUAAGCAAUUUUAACCAAAAAAGUUUGACGGGUUGCCGAAUGCUGGUUGGGAGUAUAAUUUACAUCGCGUUAUAAGUUGAUAAAAAUAUUGCUCUAUAAAUAUGCCAGAGGCAACAAAAGUCGAGGUAAAACCGCUUAAGGAAAUAAAGAAUGGCAAAGAAGAGGAGAAAAAUGAUCUGUCGGAGGAAGACAAACUACUCCAAGAGGAGUUGAAUAACUUGGUAGAGCGGCUACAAGACUCAAAUACGUCGCUAUACUUUUCGGCUCUGGAAUUACUGAGGUCCCAGAUUAGAGCGUCGACGACAUCGAUGACCAGUGUCCCAAAGCCUUUAAAGUUCAUGCGUCCGCAUUACGACACGAUGAAGUUAAUCUAUGAUAAAAUUAACGAUGAGAAAACAAAAGAGCUUUGUUCAGAUGUUAUAUCCGUACUUGCCAUGAGCAUGGGUGAGGGUCGGGAAUGUCUGAAAUAUCGUCUGACUGGCUCUGCUCUCGAAAUUGGAGAAUGGGGACAUGAAUACGUUAGGCAUUUGUCAGGUGAAAUCGCUGGUGAAUGGGACCAGAUUACCGGAGAUGACGCCGAAGCUACAAGAAAAAAGCUAGUAGAUUUGGCUCGUGAAAUUGUGCCAUACAAUAUGGCGCAUAAUGCCGAAGCAGAGGCUUGUGACUUACUCAUGGAAAUUGAGCGGCUUGAUCUGCUCGAGCAGUACGUCGAUGAAAGUGCGUACCCCAGAGUCUGUCUUUACCUUACUAGCUGUGUACCUUACGUUGCUGAUCCCGAAAACAGCACACUACUCCAUGCUGCUCUCAAAUUAUUCAGGAAGUUUGGUCAGUACCCACAGGCCCUGAGAUUAGCCAUGCAACUUAACGAUCUAACAUUGAUAGAGGAUAUCUUCACUUCGUGUCAAGACUUAUCCGUCCAGAAGCAGUUGGCCUUCAUGUUAGGUCGUCAGCAGAUAUUUUUAGAGCUGAACGAGAACACAACUGAGUACGAUGACCUCGUUGAAAUAAUGUCCAAUGCUCAUUUGAACAAUCACUUUUUGAACCUGGCAAGAGAAUUAGAUAUAAUGGAGCCAAAGACACCAGAAGACGUCUACAAAUCCCACUUAGAAAACUCACGUCCUCCAUUUGGUGGAGGUCAAGUUGAUUCCGCGCGUCAGAAUCUUGCUGCAAGUUUCGUGAACGGUUUUGUUAACGCUGCUUUUGGUCAAGAUAAACUUCUCAUUGAAGAUGGCAACAAAUGGCUCUAUAAAAAUAAGGAACACGGAAUGCUCAGCGCCACAGCUUCUCUUGGUCUUGUUCUGCUCUGGGACGUAGAUGGUGGUUUGACACCUAUCGACAAGUACCUGUAUUCGGCCGAAGACUACAUCAAAUCUGGAGCUCUCUUAGCAUGUGGUAUCGUAAAUUGCGGUGUCAGAAAUGAAUGCGAUCCAGCGCUGGCUCUACUCUCAGACUACGUUUUGCACAGCAGCAACAUAAUGCGUAUCGGAGCGAUUGUGGGCUUAGGAUUGGCAUAUGCUGGAUCAAAUCGUGAGGCUGUUUUGAGUUUGCUGACUCCCGUACUGAGUGAUCCCAAGUCUAGCUGGGAAGUUGUAGGCGUAGCUGGCUUGGCUCUUGGCAUGGUUGCUGUUGGGUCUUGCAAUGCCUAUGUGACAACUGCAAUCAUGCACACCUUAAUGGAGAAAACAGAGGUUGAUUUGAAGGAUACAUAUGCAAGAUUCUUGCCUCUGGGACUGGGACUUUGUUUCUUGGGAAAGCAGGAGGCUGCAGAAGCUAUAAUAGCUGCUUUGGAAGUUGUGCCAGAACCUUUCAAGUCUAUGUCGACGACCUUGGUCGAGGUAUGCGCUUACGCGGGAACAGGAAAUGUCCUCAAAAUCCAGCAACUGCUCCAUAUUUGCUCGGAGCACUACGAGCCAGGUACUGAAAAAGAGGAGAAGAGUGAGCGGAAGGAGAAGGACAAAAAAGAGGAGAAGAAAGAGGAAAAAGAAAAAGAGUUAAGCUCACGUCAGGCUAUAGCAGUGCUCGGAAUAGCCUUGAUCGCAAUGGGUGAAGAAAUCGGUGCUGAAAUGGCAUACAGAACUUUUGGACACCUUCUUAGGUACUGCGAACCAGUGAUACGCCGUUCCGUUCCUCUGGCGUUAGGUCUAAUUUCGGUUUCAAAUCCGAAAUUGAACAUCUUAGACACCCUAUCAAAGUUCUCGCAUGACAGUGACUCGGAAGUCGCUCAUAACGCCAUUUUUGCAAUGGGACUUGUUGGUGCAGGAACCAACAAUGCCAGACUCGCAGCUAUGCUCAGGCAGUUGGCGCAGUACCACGCUAAGGACCCUAACAACCUCUUCAUGGUUCGCAUUGCUCAAGGUUUGACCCAUCUUGGAAAAGGAACAUUGACACUCUCUCCUUAUCACAGCGACAGGCAGCUCCUCAAUCCUGUCGCAGUGGCUGGUCUUCUUGCGACAUUAAUUGGCUUUUUGGAUGUAAAAAACAUAAUACUUGGGCGCAGUCAUUACCUUUUGUACACAUUAGCUGCAGCGAUGCAACCAAGGAUGUUAGUGACAUUUGACGAAGAGUUGAACCCUCUAGCUGUACCAGUGCGAGUUGGUAUUGCCGUUGACGUAGUAGGUCAAGCGGGUAAACCGAAAACAAUUACCGGUUUCCAAACGCACACAACCCCCGUUUUAUUAGCCCACGGUGAACGAGCUGAAAUGGCAACGGAAGAAUACGUACCGUUAACACCCAUUAUGGAAGGUUUUGUAAUCCUGAGAAAAAAUCCCGAUUUUACACCGUAGUAACCAUUUUUUAUUUUAUACUAUUAAUGUAUUACCCUAUAAAUAAUAAGUAUGAAUAAUAAAUAACUAAAAAGAAAACUGCUGGCUUUCCUCUGUGCGUUGAUAGGUAUCAAUAUAAAAAUUGAUAAAAAACAAGUAGUAAAUUAUCAAAGAUAAUAUUUCACAUCAUUUUUUACUUUAACUUGAAACUGUACUGCCGAUUAAUUGUAUUUCUGUCUGGACGCAUAAGAGAAAAGGCAGUAUUUGUCUAAAAACUAUUCAAGUAA